AACAUCCUCUGCACUUACACCACUCCUAAAAAGCACCACCAACAACAAUCAAAAUCCUACAUUUUUCAUUCUUACUUUCAAAAACUAAAUUUCAUUUCCAUCUCAUUUCACCACCUUUUUAAACUUCACCCAAAAUCACCACAUUCACCACCACCAUAUCACAUUUUCAAAAACUUCAUACCAUGAAUCACCAUUACAUCCUCCUCCUUCUCUUGUUUUUACAAGUUGCGACGGAAGCUGCUGUUCCGUCGCAACUUGCUUCACUUCUUUCUCUAAAGUCAUCUCUCAAAGACCCUUUGAACACAUUUCAAGAAUGGGAAGUAUCUGAGCCCGGAACAGAACCCAUUUGGUGUUCUUGGUCCGGGGUCACAUGCGACCCAAAUUCAUACCAAAUCAUCUCCUUAGAUAUCUCUAACCGCAACCUUUCAGGUAUCAUUCCAAAAGAGAUCAUUUACUUAACGAGUUUACGUUAUUUAAACAUUAGUAAGAACCAAUUUUCCGGGCCAUUUCCAACUACAUUGUUUGAUCUUCCAUUUCUUCAAACUCUAGAUAUCAAUCAUAAUCUUCUUAGCUCACAAUUCCCACCAGGGAUUUCGAAACUUAAGUAUCUUAAAUACUUUGAUGCUUAUAGUAACAGCUUUACAGGCCCAUUACCAACAGAAUUCGUUCGUUUAGCAUUUCUUGAGCAUCUUAAUCUAGCUGGAAGCUACUUUGAAGGCGAAAUCCCAAAAAUUUAUGGCUCAUUUCAAAAACUAAAAUUCUUAUGCUUAGCAGGAAAUGAUCUACAUGGUCAAAUUCCAUCAGAAUUAGGCCAUGUUACAUCUCUAGAACAUCUAGAAAUCGGGUACAAUGCAUUUUCUAGCGAAAUUCCCAUACAUUUUUCUUUUUUAUCGAAUUUAUCUUUUCUUGAUGUUUCUAAUAACAAGAUAUCUGGUGAGUUUCCUCUUGGUGUUACAAAUUUAAAAAAGCUAGAAACUUUGUACCUUUUUAAAAACAAUCUUCAUGGUCACAUUCCUGUUGAGAUUGGAAAAUUACAAUCUGUUCAGAUUCUUGAUCUUUCAGAUAAUCUUUUUUCGGGUAGCAUACCUGAACAAAUUUCUUUGUUGAAAAAUCUAAAGCGUUUGAGUCUCAUGAAUAAUAACUUGAGUGGAAAUAUUCCUCAAGGAAUAGGCGAGCUUCCAGUACUCGAAUAUUUGUUCCUAUGGAACAAUUCGCUCACUGGAAGCUUGCCACAAAAAUUAGGCUCAAAUUCUAAGGUACAAAGACUGGAUGUUUCGUCUAACUUGCUCUCCGGGCCAAUUCCAUCUCAUUUGUGUUCUGGCAAUUUGUUAGAAAAAGUUCUUUUGUUUUCAAACAAGUUUUCUGGCGGGCUUCCAACGUCUCUUGCCAAUUGUACUUCUUUGUACAGGUUUCGGAUCCAAAACAAUAUGUUAAAUGGAUCUAUUCCUAUCGGUUUUGGUAAUAUGGCAAGUAUUAGUUUCAUGGAUAUGAGUAAUAAUAAUUUUACUGGACCAUUUCCACCUGAUUUAACCAAUGGGCCUAAUUUGGAGUACUUAAAUGUAUCUGGGAAUUCGUUUGAAGAUAUUUUGCCAGAUAAUGUAUGGAAUUCUCCAAGUUUGCAGAUAUUUUCGGCGAGUUUUAGUAAACUUAGAGGGCAGAUUCCGAAAUUUGGAAAGUGUAAGAAAAUUUAUAGUAUUGAAAUGGAAGGGAAUGAGUUAAGUGGUAGUAUUCCUUCAGAUAUUGAUCAUUGUGAGAAGCUCAUUUCGUUUAACUUACGAGGUAAUUUGAUAUCGGGUAUCAUUCCUUUAGAGUUUUCGUCGUUGCCAUCAAUUACAGAAGUUGAUUUAUCUCACAAUCUGCUCACGGGUACGAUUCCUUCAAGUUUUGGCAGUACCCGAACUUUGGAAGGAUUCAAUGUGUCUUAUAAUCAGCUUACUGGGCCUGUCCCUUCAUCUGGCAUUGCGUUUUCGAGUUUGCAUCCUUCUUCGUUUGCAGGAAAUGAAGGACUAUGUGGUGAAGUGAUUCAUAAGCCGUGUAGAACAGUAAAUGAACCCGUGGUGAAACCAAGUCAGCCGAAAAAAACAGGUGGAACGGUCAUGUGGAUAAUGGCUGCAGCAUUUGGGGUUGGGCUUUUUAUUCUUGUGGCUGGAAUCCGGUGCUUCCAAGCGAAGUACCAAAAGCGGUUUGUAGAAGAGGAAAUGGAAACCGGGCCGUGGAAGUUAACGGCUUUCCAACGGUUAAACUUCAGUGCUGAUGAUGUUGCAGAGAGUUUAUCCAUGACAGGUAAGAUUAUCGGGUCAGGUUCAGCUGGGACAGUGUACAAAACAGAAAUGCCAAGUGGCGAGGUCAUAGCAGUUAAGAAGCUUCGUGCAAAGCACAAGGAGACAACGAGAAGGCGGAAAGGUGUGUUUGCUGAGGUGGAGGUGUUGGGAAACGUGAGGCACCGGAAUAUUGUGAGAUUGUUAGGUUGUUGCAGCAAUAGGGAAUGUACAAUGCUUUUAUAUGAAUACAUGCCUAAUGGCAGUUUGGAUGAUCUGUUACAUGGAAAGAACAAGUGUGAGAAUUUGGUUGGGGAUUGGUUCACAAGGUAUAAGAUCGCAUUAGGGGUGGCUCAAGGGAUUUGUUACCUGCACCACGAUUGUGACCCGGUGGUUGUGCAUCGUGAUUUGAAACCAAGCAAUAUUCUUUUGGACGGAGAUAUGGAAGCCAGAGUCGCAGACUUUGGGGUGGCUAAGCUCAUACAUUGUGCUGAAUCGAUGUCAGUGAUUGCAGGGUCUUAUGGCUACAUUGCCCCUGAAUAUGCAUACACUCUACAAGUGGAUGAAAAAAGCGACAUAUAUAGUUUCGGCGUGUUGUUAAUGGAACUCAUAAGCGGAAAGAGAUCAGUGGAUUCGGAAUUUGGGGAAGGAAAUAGCAUUGUGGAUUGGGUAAGGUCAAGAAUCAAGAGCAAAGAUGGUACAAACGAAGUACUAGAUAAUAAUGCAGGUGGUUCAUGUAAUUUGGUCAAGGAAGAAAUGUUGUGCAUACUGAAAAUAGCAAUGUUAUGUACAAGUAGGAACCCGGCUGACCGACCUUCAAUGAGAGAUGUCGUGACAAUGUUGCAAGAAGCUAAGCCUAAGAGGAAGUCGCCGGACGACUGUGGCAGAAUGGUUGUUAAUGGUGGCGGAAAACCUCAACCACCAAAGGCUAAUGUUUAAAUGUUAAUAGAUGUGUUUUCUUUUUCUUUCAGUGGUGGACUAGUGGCAAUUGGUAUAGAAGUAUUUUUUGUGUUGUUUUUUCUCCUCCUUUUCUAUUUUGGGGCUAUCAAUGAGAAAUAUGUAUUAUGAGUUUCUUAA